AUUCAGAGCCACUUUCGUACAAUACAGGACGUUCAAUUUCUCGUUAUAACUUCAGUUGAUUCAGAUUGGCCAUACAAAAGUGUUCGUUUGGAAGACGCGAUGACUGCCCGUGAACUGUCAAUGGUUUCAAAGGAGUCGAUGGACACUCCGAUCAUCAUUUUAGGCUCUGCGCGAAAGUUAAGAAUGUUAUCAGCAUCAUUCACUUUUGCUCAAUUGAUACUAGGUAUCAUUUGCGUUGGGAUGGCUUUGUGGGACAUGAAGCUCAACUUUGCAGAGUUAUUAUUCGCCAGUGGCGUGGGGCUUUUCAAAAAAAUUUCGGAUAGGCGCACCGGGUUUUUGAGCUCGAUAUUGAAGUUCACGAGUCGAUUCUCCUCCGCAGAAUACGAUCGUGUAACGGUAGAUCAACUGAGUGGUCGGAUUUUAGUAAUUGCAAUUACAACUUUCUUCGUCAUUGCUACAUACAUCUUUCUCGUUUGGUACGCAGCAUCUCUACUGAAUGGGACAAUAACACGAAAUACACUCGUUAGCGAGGUGGUCUAUCAGUCAACCGGUUUCGCGUCACAUUUUAUAGCCUCAUCGGUCCUUUUUGCGCAAAUUGAGGAUGUGGGAAUUGAAUACUACAUGAAUCGCAUGAUGAUGUUGUAUUUAUCGAUGAUGAUUAUGGCCAUCGCCAUGCUGUAUCUCUUGAGCUUUGGUUUAACUCUGUUGCUUUGCAGACAAGUUAAGUAAUGCGGCCAAAAUCUAAUUCAUGGACUUGCAGUGGAUUUGCAAUUCAGGGAACUUUUCAUAGAUUUCUACCGAUACCUAUAUAUUCGUAAUAUUAAUAUUCAUUCAAAUUCGAGAUCCAAAAUUAUUUCUUUUUAAUUGUAAUUUGUCGAGAUUUAUUACCCAGAACAUACGUUAACUAGGAAAUAGAUUUAAGAUGCGUGUACUUAGUUGGAAUAAGUUGAAAUAAAAGUGGAAACUUAUGACAUCACUGCGUUCGUUGUUUAUACAAUUGAUAAUUUUUGUACGGAAUAUUAGGGACACAGACAAAUUACAUAUAUUUGGAUAGCAAACAUUGGAUUGAAGAACUGUA